AUGGAAGUUACUAUUUUAGUGUUUACCAAAUGUGUAUGUGAUUUUAGAAAAAGAGCACCCGAAGUUGGUAUGUUUACUCAGUGUGAUGGUGAUUUUCCCAUCACUAUUAUUGAGGAUACAUACACUCCGUCAAUAUUCGUACCUGGUGAAAAGACCACCGAACACUUUGUAUGGGAUAGCACUGUCGAAAUUGAACCAACAACCACUUUUGUCCUGAGUGUUUCCUUGCUUGAUGGCACAGCAAUAUUAACACACGAGGAGGAUUAUUGUGAAAGCAACUCGAAACCUCCUGAUAUAGAUUGUCCAAUUCCGGCAGGACAUCUCGAUUUUACACUCGAAUAUGUGUUCCCUAUUAGUCCUACCCAACCUGUUAAUGUAACUGAGCAAUAUCUCAUAAAAUCGACUCUUAUCGGUUCGGAUGGUACAACUUUACUGUGUGAAUCAGGUAUAGCCACUAAAAAUAAUGAAAAUAUGGUUAAAUGGCUCCGCUUACGUGAUUUCAGAAAAAGAGCACCCAAAGUUGGUGCAUUUACUCAAUGUGAUGGUAACUUCCCCAUCGUUGUUACUGAGGAUACAUACACUCCGCCAAUAUUUGUACCUGGUAAAAAGAACAUUGAACACAUUGUAUGGGAUAGCACUGUUGAAAUUGAACCAAAAACCACUCUUGUCAUGGCUGUCACCUUACUUGAUGGUACACCAAUAUUAACAUAUGAAGAGGAUUAUUGUGAAGGUGAUUCAAAACCCCCUGAUAUAGAUUGUCCAAUUCCGGCAGGACACCACGACUUUACAAUCGAAUAUGUGGUCCAUAAUAGUCCUAACCAACCUGUGAAUGAAACCAUCAAUUAUCUCAUAAAAACGACUCUUGUCAGCGAAGGCAGAACUUUAUUCUGUGUAGAAGGCCCGGCCACCGUAGCAUACCCUUAA